CGCGGCCAUGACCCCAGAUAUUCUAGGGUACAGUAUUGGCCUUGCAGAAUUUCUGCUUUGAGGUGUUAAGAAAAGGAUCUGAGAAAGGCUGCCGCACAGUGUAGCUCGGACAUUGUGAGUUCCCAAACGCUGGUGAAAGGGACAGAGUGGGCAAUGAAAAUGGACAUGGAGGAUGCUGACAUGACUCUGUGGACAGAGGCUGAUUUUGAAGAGAAGUGCACAUACAUUGUAAAUGAUCACCCCUGGGAUCCCAGCGAUGAUGGAAGCACCAUAACUCAGGCAGAGGCGUCCUUGCCAAGGAACUUGACUUUCAAAUAUACAUCAAACUGCAAAGAGGUUACUGGAGUUGUAAGUAAAGAGUAUAUCCCAAAAGGAACACGUUUUGGACCCCUGGUAGGAGAGAUCUAUACCAACGAUACAGUUCCCAAGAAUGCAAACAGAAAAUACUUUUGGCGGAUCUAUUCCAGUGGUGAACUUCACCACUUCAUUGAUGGAUUUAAUGAGGACAAGAGCAAUUGGAUGCGCUAUGUGAACCCAGCCCAUUCUGUUCAGGAACAGAAUUUGGCAGCUUGUCAGAAUGGAAUGAACAUCUAUUUCUACACUAUCAAGCCCAUCCCUGCCAACCAAGAGCUACUUGUGUGGUAUUGUCCGGACUUUGCAGAGAGACUGCACUAUCCUUCCUCCAGAGAGCUGAUGAUGAAUCUCACACAAAGCCACGUUAAUCCAAAGCAGCAAAGCACUGAUAAAAAUGAGCUUUAUCAGAAAAGUAUCCCAAAGAGAGAGCAUAGUGUGAAAGAAAUUCUGAAAACUGAAUCCAACCAUUCAAAAGGAAAGGACUUAUUCCAGACUAACAUUUCACCAAUUACUCCAGAAAAACACAUCGAUGACUUGAGAAAAAACUAUAGCCCGGAAAGGUCUGUCUUUCCUCGUGUUGUCUAUCCAAUCCGACCUCACAUUCCAGAAAAUUAUUUGAAAACUUCCCUAGUUUAUGGGAUGGAAAGACCUAGCUACAUUACUCACUCACCCAUCCAGUCUUCUACCACACCAAGUCCUUCAGCAAGGAGCAGCCCAAACCAAAGCUUAAAAAGCUCAAGCCCUCACAGCAGUCCGGGAGUUACAGUUUCACCUCUGGCACCUACUUCUCAAGAACAUAGAGAAUCUCACCCAUAUUUGAAUGGACCCUAUGGUUUAGAAGGAUUGGGGUCUUAUCCUGGAUAUGCACCCCCUAGCCAUCUCUCACCAUUUUUGUCCUCUUAUAAUUCCCACUUUCAAAAAUUCCUGUUAUCGCCGUACAGUAUGAGCUGUAAUAAUCUGAGCGCUUUGAACAAUAUCAAUGGCAUCAACAAUUUCAAUCUGUUCCCAAGGAUGUAUCCUCUCUAUAGCAACCUACUCAAUGGAGGAAGCCUUUCCCAUCACAUGCUGAACCCAGCUCCUCUACCAAGUUCAUUGCCACAACCCGAUCAUCCAAGAGAUUUCCUCAUACCAGCACCUAACAGUGCCUUUUCCAUCACAAGCGCUGCUGUCAGCAUGAAAGACAAACCAUGCAGCCCCACUAGUGGGUCCCCCACAGCUGGCACAGCAGCCACUUCAGAACACAUAAUGCAACCUAAGCCUACCUCAGCAGUAUUGGCUGCCACCAGUGAAGAAGCCAUGAAUCUCAUUAAAAGUAAGAGGAAUGUGACUGGUUACAAAACCCUUCCAUAUCCACUGAAGAAGCAGAAUGGGAAGAUCAAGUAUGAAUGCAAUGUUUGCUCCAAGACCUUUGGCCAGCUCUCCAAUCUGAAGGUCCACCUCAGAGUACAUAGUGGAGAGAGACCAUUCAAAUGUCAGACUUGCAAUAAAGGGUUCACCCAGCUGGCUCAUCUCCAGAAGCACUAUCUGGUACACACAGGAGAAAAGCCUCAUGAGUGUCAGGUUUGCCAUAAACGAUUCAGCAGCACUAGCAAUCUAAAGACCCAUCUGCGACUCCACUCUGGAGAAAAGCCUUAUCAGUGCAAGCUGUGCCCUGCUAAAUUCACCCAGUUUGUGCACCUGAAGCUGCACAAGCGUCUCCAUACUAGGGAACGGCCACACAAGUGUGUCCACUGCCACAAGAGCUAUAUUCACCUCUGCAGCCUCAAAGUCCAUCUGAAAGGCAAUUGCCCUGUAGCCCCUGCCUCUGGCCUCUCAGUGGAGGACCUGAAUCGUAUCAAUGAAGAGAUUGAGAAGUUCGACAUCAGUGACAGUGCUGACAGGUUGGAAGAUGUGGAGGACAAUAUCGAUAUGGCAUCUGUUGUCGAAAAAGAAAUACUGGCCAUGCUCAGAAGAGAGAUAGAAGGAGCAAGUCUUAAAGUAUCUUUGCAGAGGAACAUGGGAAAUGGACUUAUCUCCUCAGGAUGUAACCUUUACGAAUCUUCAGACAUGUCAAUUAUGAAGUUGCCUCAUGGUCAUCCACUACCUCUGUUACCUAUAAAGGUCAAGAAAGAAACAGUUGAACCAAUGGACUCUUAAGACUCCCUGCCCCCCCAUCCCCUCCCCGCCAAAAAGUGAUUUUUAUUUAUGACUUGGUGAGUCAGGGUGCCUGUAGCAAUUGCUUGUACAUAGUUUCUAUGCUGCAAAGCAAUCUUGGCUUACAGUAGUUUCCCUCAUCCUCCAGUUGAAAGAAGGAACUCCAAAGUUAAACUGUAUUCUCAGGGCAUGAAAAGAGGCAAGGACUAUGUAUUGCCUCCCACUUACUAAAAGACGAUUAUCAAUCCAUAAUUACCUUUUCAAUGACAGUACUUAAUAAUUUAUUAUGCAAUUUGCCAUUCUAAAAGCAAUAAUUAGCAAACGUUUACAAUGACCAGAAAAUUCGUUGUAAUUUUGAAUAUAAAUCUUUAUAUUUUUGUCUUGUGGCCAUUCUUUGUAGAUAAUUUUUUUUUCUCUGCACAUCUGUUUUAAAAACCUAAGAUUAGAGGGGAAAACAUUACUUCAGUAAAUGUGUCUAUGUACCAGUGUUUUUGAAAAUGAGGUUUUUUUAUUGCCAAAGGUGGGUAUUUGACAUGUUGCAUGGUUUGAAAAGUGCUGUGUACUUUCAUGGAGCAGGUAGGGGUAUGGCUACACUUGCACUUCAAAGCGCUGCCACGGCAGCGCUUUGAAGUUUCGAGUGUGGUCACAGCGCCAGCGCUGGGAGAGAGCUCUCCCAGCACUGCACGUACUCCACUUCCUCUACGGGUGUAGCUUGCAGUGCUGGGAGCUGUGCUCCCAGCGCUGCGGCACUGUUUACACUGAGGCUUUACAGCGCUGUAUCUUGCAGCGCUCAGGGGUGUGUUUUUUUCACACCCCUGAGCGUGAAAGUUGCAGCGCUGUAAAGCGCCAGUGUAGCCAUGGCCAGAUGUGCAAAAUCAUCCCCUCCUUCUCCCCCCACCCCAAAAUGUGACUAGCAGUAAACAGGGGAAAGAAUACCAUACCUGCCUAUCUGUGAGUUGGAGAGAGAUUCUUCUACCUGCAGCACUACCCAAAACAGAUGUGGAAUAACAAAUACCCAGCCUCACAUAAAUAAUACAACAGACAGGCUUCUAUAAAACAAUAGCAGACAUGUUACAUUCUGUGACUUUGUAACCCAAAGCAAUGCAUGAAUGUGAAAAAGUGGCUGUUUUAAAAAAUGACUAUUAAACUUUUUGCAAAAGCAGUUUAAAAGUCAAACAUAUAGAUAUCCCAAAUGUGCUGCCUACAAGGAGCAUUUGGCUGAGAUUUUAUUGCCAGAGUCUUCUGGGGAUCAAAAGAUGGUCAGAUUCCUUGAGAAAUAAGGUUUUUUUGUUUUUUAUUUCCCUCCCACUUUCCUUGGGCAGAAGGAGAUAAUGAAGUCCCUUUCCUGGCACCUUUUUUUUUUGUUUUGUUUCCUGUACGAUUCAGAGUUUCUUCAGUAUUUGUGUUUGUACAUUUUGUGGUUAAUUUAAUUGAAGAUGAAAAGGGCAUUGGCAAAGUUGUUGAACAACAAUUACCUCAUUGCGUGUGUCCAGUGGUGCAGAAAAUGCUGUUUUAUCUAAUGCUUUGCUACUUUAGAGAAGAAACCAAAUGUUCACAGAAAAGAUAGAAUGCACAUUCUCUUAUCUUUUUGUUUUGCUAAGCCCAAAGAUAUCAUGUUGGCAUUGGAGGUGAAGCAAAGAACACAUGUAUAUUUAUAGAUAUAUUUAUGUCACUAUACCAUAUAUGUAUAUAGAUAUAUAUUUAUACCACUUAAGUUGUGAGCCAAACCAUGUAAUAAAACCUAUUUUUCA